AUGUCUGGUCUAUCAAUCAUCCGCCCAGGACGGGCAACCUCCAACCUCCGCCUGAGCCUCCGCCAAGCACGACCGAGGACACUCACUCAACUCCCUCGAGCACUACACCUGAGCUCCAAGCGUCCCCGCGAAACCCAAACUCAAUUCCCUUCUAUAUCCGCAUUCCCCAAACCAACCACCAGAAACUAUGCGGACCUGAAGGGCUCAAGCGGCAAAGCCGAAGCGGACCUCCUUGUCGAAGAACUUCAGGAAUUGUACGAAGUUGCUAAAGACGAGUUCGAGAUCGCGACUGAAAGUACGGAUACGUCUACUAUUUAUGCGGCGUCGGAUAGGGAGAGUGCCAGGGAUGCGUUGAAUCAGCUUUCUUCUGUUUAUGGGCUGUACACUGCUCGUCCUGGGGAGGUGGAGAAUGAGAAUGGGGAGGGGGGAGAGGCGGAUGGGGAUGGGGCGAUUAUUGAGACGAAUUAUAAUCCUGCGGAGAUUCCGCAGGGGGUGAAGGAUGAGGUGCGGAGACGGGUUGGGCAGCGGAUUCGGGAGUUGAAGCAGGCUGUUGAGGCGUUGGAGGAGAGGGCGAUGGAGGAUUGA